GGCGACUGACGCGCGGGCUGCGUCACAAAGCGCGCCCGGAGCGCCGGAUUCGGGAGCAGCCAGCGCCGCGCAGCCCGUCCGUCAGAGCCGCGGGAGGCGGGCGGCGCCCACCGCGGGCACGCGACGCCCUCUGCAGGCCGCAGGCGGCAACACUGCGUGUCAGCCUCCGACUUCCGUCCCUCCCCUCCACUUCCAGGCCAGGUGUGUUCGUGUCUUCUCGGCGGAAACUGACAAUAAAGUUUUUCCUCUUCUCGCUCCCAGGAGCCCCGCCUCAACUCUAAAUAUCGCGAGAUCUGGAGGCGCGGCUACCAUGGCGGCGGCUUUUGAAGCCCCGGCGGCCUUGGCAACCGCGGAGUCGGCUAUGGCGGCCGAGCGUGUGGCUGUGCCGCUCCCGGCUGCGGAGCCGGCUCCCAGCUCCCCGUGGAGCCUGCGGACGGCUCACGACAUCGGCGGGCCGCGGACGCGUACAGGGGACGUGGUGCUGGCGGAGCCCGCGGAUUUCGAGUCGCUGCUACUGUCGCGGCCGGUGCUGGAGGGGCUGCGGGCGGCCGGCUUCGAGAGGCCGUCUCCCGUGCAGCUCAAGGCCAUCCCGCUGGGGCGCUGCGGGCUGGAUUUGAUUGUUCAAGCUAAGUCUGGCACUGGGAAAACUUGUGUAUUCUCCACCAUUGCUCUGGACUCUCUUAUUCUUGAAAACUGUAGUACCCAGAUUUUGAUAUUGGCUCCCACAAGAGAAAUCGCUGUUCAGAUACAUUCUGUUAUUACAGCCAUUGGAAUAAAAAUGGAAGGGUUAGAAUGUCAUGUCUUUAUUGGAGGGACUCCAUUAUCUCAAGACAAAACCAGACUUAAAAAGUGUCAUAUUGCUGUUGGAUCUCCUGGUAGAAUUAAACAGCUCAUAGAACUUGACUACUUGAAUCCGGGCAGUGUCCGACUCUUUAUUCUUGAUGAAGCAGACAAGCUGUUAGAAGAAGGCAGCUUCCAGGAGCAAAUAAAUUGGAUUUAUUCUUCUUUACCUGCCAGUAAACAGAUGUUGGCAGUAUCUGCUACUUAUCCUGAAUUUUUGGCUAAUGCUUUGACAAGGUAUAUGAGAGAUCCCACAUUUGUAAGAUUGAAUCCCAGUGAUCCAAGCCUCAUAGGUUUGAAGCAGUACUACCAAGUUGUCAAUUCUUACCCUUUGGCUCAUAAGAUUUUUGAGGAAAAGACUCAGCACUUACAGGAACUUUUCAGUAGAAUUCCGUUUAAUCAAGCCUUGGUAUUUUCUAAUUUGCACAGCAGGGCUCAACAUUUGGCUGACAUCCUUUCUUCUAAAGGUUUUCCUACUGAAUGCAUUUCAGGUAACAUGAAUCAGAAUCAGCGCCUUGACGCUAUGGCUAAACUGAAGCAGUUUCAUUGCAGAGUCCUCAUUUCUACAGACUUGACCUCCCGUGGGAUUGAUGCUGAGAAGGUGAAUCUGGUAGUGAAUCUGGAUGUGCCGUUAGACUGGGAGACAUAUAUGCAUCGGAUUGGCAGAGCUGGCCGCUUUGGAACGUUGGGACUGACAGUGACCUACUGCUGUAGGGGGGAAGAAGAAAAUACGAUGAUGAAAAUUGCCCAGAAAUGUAAUAUCAACCUUCUCCCUUUACCAGAUCCCAUUCCUCCUGGCCUGAUGGAAGAAUGCUUGGAUUGGGAUGUGGAAGUUAAAGCUGCCAUGCAUACGUGCAUCUUACCAAGCAUACCUACCCAGUCCACCAAAAAGCAAGUUCACAAACUGGAGAGAGCCUUCCAAACUCAAAGAAUUCCUGGUAACCAAAUGCCUUCCCCUAGAAAUACUUCUGUAUCUACAGUAUCAGCCAAAUCAAAACACAGUAGCAAACAAAAGCUUCCUGUGAAAAGCUACUCAGAGUGUGGAAACAUAGAAAAGACUGUUCCACCCGAAGAGUUGGGCUGUACCACACAAUUGGAAGAGCAAGUGAAGAGUUCUGUUCAGACCACUGUUGAGGACUCCUCCAGUAGCAGCCAGCAGCAGGCCAAAGAAGCUUCACCUGGCUCACUCCCUAAGAUUCCUUGCCUCUCUUCCUUCAAAGUCCAUCAGCCGUGCACUUUGACUUUUGCAGAACUGGUAGAGGAUUAUGAGCACUAUAUUAAAGAGGGGUUAGAAAAACCUGUGGAAAUUAUCCGCCACUACACGGGGCCUGGGGCUCAGACUGUGAAUCCUCAGAAUGGUUUUGUGAGAAAUAGACUUCCUGAAGAUAGAGUACAGAUACUGGCGAGUAGUAGCCAGUCUGGGGACUCAGAGAGUGAGAGCGAUUCUUGCAGCUCAAGGACUUCUUCCCAGAGCAAAGGCAAUAAGUCUUUCUUGGAAGGCUCUUCUGACACUCAGUUGAAAGACUCUGAAUGUCCACCUGUGGGUGGACCUCUCUCUUUGGAACAAGUUCUGAAUGGAAAUGAUACUUCAACUCAAGUGGAGUAUCAAGAAUCUCCUGAAACCCAGGUGAAGGCCAGGCAUAAAGAAGGAGCUAACCAAAGAUCUAAGCAGAGUCGGAGAAACCCGCCACGGCGCUCCUCUUACCGAGUCCAGACAGAACCCCAGGAAGAGGGUUGGUAUGACUGUCACAGGGAGACAAAUGCGAGUUUCUCUGAUACCUACCAGGAUUAUGAGGAGUACUGGAGAGCAUAUUACAGGGCAUGGCAGGAAUAUUAUGCUGCUGCUUCCCACUCAUACUAUUGGAAUGCUCAGAGACAUCCAAGUUGGAUGGCUGCCUACCAUAUGAAUACAGUUUAUCUACAAGAAAUGAUGCGUAGUAACCAGUGAUGUUAGAAUGUGCCUGAAACCAUUGACUGUCAACAGAUAAUUGGAAUGCAUUCUUCACCUAGAGCAAGUGGGGUAUGGUGGCAUUUUGGAGGAACUUGAGAGGACUCUGAGGCUUUCUACUGGGACACAACUAUUUUUCAGAUUCUUUUGACUUAGUCCAGGAAUAUUCUUUUUUUUCAAUUUCAUCAGACUUGCAAGAGAAUUUAGAACUUGGAUCUAAAGACCCCCAGGAUGUCACUUCAUGUAGACUGUUCCCAAAAGAAACCUUUUAAAAGGUGACAUAUAUGGCACUCCUUACUUAAAAAAAUAAAAAGUUAAAAUUUGAAUGUAA